AUGCGUAAACGAAAAUCAACUCAAUUAAUUCGUGGCAAUCGAUCUUCAAAAUUCAGUCGUCCAUCCAAUUAUCCUCCGAAUUCAUUAUGGUCGCGAAAACAUUGUUACAAUAACUCAUUACUAAAACGGCGUGAUAUAAACAAACCAUCCAUUCCAGCUGAAAAUCUGAAAAUGACCACACAUACUGACAACAAAUCCCAAUAUCUAGAUGAAGACGAUGGUGAGGAAGAAGACCAGUUGACUACUAUAGUUUCUCGCCAACGUCAAGCAUUUUCUGCGCGUGCUGCUACUGGUCGUCUAAGUAUACGUAAAAUACAGUCAGAUCUUCAAGUCAAAUCUGGUGAUGCCGUCUUAAGCACAGUCUCUAGUGUUCCAGGAGCUAGGAGACUUUCAGCUAAAGUGUUACGUGCGUGGAAAUCUUUGGCUAAAAAGAUAAUUUGUAAGGCGGCAAGGCAACGUGGUACUAAUCGUCGAGAUAAGAUAAUCCUAGCAAAACGCGCUGCUCGUGAGUGCGCACGUUUGUUACGUCAAAAGGCAUUGCUUUCCCAAAAAGCUGCUAGAGUUUCAAUAAGUCGUGGACAUCGUCUGUCACGCGAAAUUGCAUCUAACUGGCGUAGCUCAACUUCGAGUACAGCUAAUGGUUCGGGUCCACUUACAAUCAAUGGUGUAACUAUACCAUCCAAUUCUAAUAUUACUCAUUUCUCUUCACUUAUGGAUUUACCUGAUUAUUACACUUCUGCCCGCCCAGAAAGUGGAGGUUUAGAGUUGAACAUGUCUACUUCAGUGAUGGAAUCAAACACAGCUAUACGUCGACGAGCAGAGAAGGCUUCAGCUGAACAACGUAAAGCCAACUUAAAACUUUUGGAGGCAAGAAGACAACAACAAAAACUGAAUUUCUUGAUUACACAAACAGAAUUAUAUGCCCAUUUCAUGGCGAAAAAGAUGGCGGAUGUCAACUCAUGUAAUUGUAAAUCUGAAGAUAUACGUGGUCCUGAAAAUGCUGAAUCAGUAUCUGGUAAUGUGAUUCAAGAAGACGACAGUCAAGAAAUCGAAGCUCAAAGAAUUUUACGUCGACUUGAAGAAAUGAAUGAUGAUUCUGUAGAAACAAAAACUAACGAUGAAGGAAUUGGUACUGGCUCUGACAUAUCUGUUCCAUGUGAUCCCAUUCAGAAUGAUCAAGAUUCUGUUGGUAUAUCGACUGGAUCUACACACCGAAAAUCAUACAGCUCAAUAGCUGUAGCUGCAAAAGCUGCAGCUUGUCGGUCGGGUAUUAAUGUUGAAGAAGAAUAUGAUAUUGAACAAGCGAAAUCCGAAACUUUAAUGAAGGUCAAAGCAGCUGUUACAACUGAACCUUCAACACUGCAUAAUUGGACACAGGAAUUCGCUAAAUUCCUUCCAGCUUUUCGUCUAGUCCCAUAUUGGGGUACACCAACAGAGCGUAAAGUUCUACGCCGAUUUUGGUCAUCUACACGUUCCUCUAAUGCCGAAUCUUUUGAUGAAUCUGGUGAUAUUAAUCCUGGACAAGCUGGAACUAAGGAUUCUCAACUUCAACUAGUUAUCAAGUUGUUUUGCAAGAAUACAAUGCAAGAAUUAUGGGCAUUAUUACAUUUUAUUAUGCCUACAUUGUUUGAUUCACAUGAUGAAUUUGCUAAUUGGUUUUUACGUGAUACUGAGUCUCAAGCCAGUGUUACAGCUAGAACUGGCUGUGGGGGAACAGCGGGAGGAGGAAGUAUCAUUAGUAGCAGUGGAACUGGAUCUUUAAUAACUUCAAAAUUGAGUGAAAAUCAAUUAUCACGUUUACAUUUAAUUUUAAAAUCAUUCAUGUUACGUAGGAUAAAAACUGAAGUUGAACAUGAAAUAUCUACUAAGACUGAGAUUAUGUUAUAUUGUCCACUAAGUCAUCGACAACAAAUAUUAUAUGAACGAUUACGUAGUAAGAUUCGUCUUGAAGAUCUUAGCUCCAUCAUGUCUGCGAAUGGAAUAUCAGAUAGUUUUUCAUCGAAUUUGGAUAAUACUAAUGCAUUGUCAUCGUCUUCGUCAGCUACAGCCCAUUUAAUUAAUUUAGUGAUGCAGUUAAGAAAAGUAUCAUCAGGACCACUGAAAUUAUCUGAUAUGUCUAUAAAUAAUUACACAAGUGGAUGGUCUUCAUUUUCAAUAUUGCCACAUGUAGUUCACCCAAUACUUCACAUGAGUUCAGUUAGGAAGCAUAGUAAACGUUGGAAUAAACAAUCAGAGGACAAGAUUUAUGAAGAUGACGGUGAUGAUGGUAAUGAAGAACAUAUAACAGACAUUUUAUUAACAUUUGUGUUGGCUGUUGAUUCUGAAACGCUGUUAAAUAGAGAAUCUACUAUCACACGACCAAAGUCAGUUAGCUCAAGCUCAUCUAGUUUAUCUAACGGACAUAACAAUUUUAUGUAUUUUCAUCUAGAAUACUCAAUAAUGAAUAAAGAGGAUUUUUUAUUUUCUACAGAUGUGGUAGUAUUUUCAAAAUCCAUUGCUAAAAUUUACCCAACCAACUGUUCAUCAAAACUAAUAAAUCCCUGUGAAUUUAACGACACUUUAUGGAUUGUAUGGACCGAACAAAUACCAAUAGUGAUUACGGAUGAAAUAAUUAUUGACUUUUGGAACUUAACACAAACUGGUGGCAUACAUGUUAAAUGUUGGGAUCAACGAGAAAAGUGUUCAAUUCAGACAAGAUUUGAUAGACCAAGAUCUGUCAAUAUUAACAGUAACAAACAGUCUGAAGAUAAUUUGAAGGAUGAUAACAAGUUAAGUGAAGUUCAAUCUAUAAUAAACAUGUUAAAUUCUUGUCGUAAAAAUCCAACGAAUGUACAGAUGAAUAGUUCGAAUACUGAGAGUGUUUCUAAGAGAUGUAAAACAACAUUACAAUCAAAAACAAAAAAGCAUAUAAAAGACGUAAAUACAUCUAACCAAUCUUGCAGUAGUACAAUGAAAGUAUUAUCUGCUGGUCAUAGUUCAAGGAAAACUGACAGAAUUCAAAAUCCUGUUGAGAUUUGGGGAACAUGCUGUUUAGUACUACAAACAGGACAUUUAUUUCGUAUAAAUCCACCAGAAUGGAUUGUAGCGUGUAAACCAUUGACACAUACUAAUAAUGUAUCAUUGAAUAAGCCACCAUUAUCUUCAGUGACUUUAGAAUUAGAGAGUAAUUUUAAAGAUAUAUUAGUUGGUAUGAAACUUUCUAAUUCAUUGAUGUCUGAUCGACAGAGGCAGAAAUUUCAGCCAGUCAUAUUGACUAUCGACAGAUUACGUAAUCUUCCCGUUGCUCCAUAUAGAAGCUAUGAAGAAAUGAGAAAUAAAUGUGAACCAAUACGAUUAGUAACUACAUUCUCUGAUGUAUGGAGCCAUCAGUCAGGUGAAUAUGUUCAAGACAAAGAAAUAUAUAUGGAUGAAGUACAGGUUAUCCUGACACAUGAUAUUCCUGGAUUAUAUCUUCGGGAAUUGGUACAAACUUUCCCUGUAGUCAUUGAUGUAUAUGACAGAGUGUGCCAUGGAGAAGAAACAACUGAAGUUAAACAACUGCCUGAAAAUGGUUUAUUUUGCGCUGAGCCAGAUGAUGAUAAAAUUGGAAAAGCUCAACCACAUUUAAAAACAGAUAUAUUUUCAAAGAAAUGUAUAGGUAAAAAAACUAGUGAAAACAGUCCUAAAAUUUCAUCACCUACGGGAAGGAUUGUCGUUAAUUUAAGUGAGAUGAUUUGUUUAAAAUGUAUGAAGAUGAAACAAACACUACCUGUGCUGCCGAUGAGUGAAUCUGAUCUAGAUUUAUUAAAAGACUAUAGAUCUAUUAAUGAAAAUCCUAGAAGUAUUCCUCGUAGUUAUAUUGGCUACGUGGAUUCUCAGUGUGAAAUGUCCAUUGAAAUAGAGAUAAACAUCAACAUGGAUCGACUAUUUCAAAUAAAAACCUUACCUGAAAAUACCCAGACUAUUGAACGUAUGAUUUUCAUUUUGGAAAAGCCAGAUAAAAGCGAAAUAGAAGCUAAUUAUGUAUCAGAGAUAAUAGAAAAAAUUCAAUUAUUUAUAAUAAAAUCAAACGCACGUUCAAUUGGUAUAUCUGAUGAAUUACCUUUACAUAUGAUUAAAGCAAAUUUAAAUUCUAUACAAUCACAAUAUAUGCCAUGUAUUCAUUCAAAUCUAUCUAAUUAUUUAUUAUCUAAUUCAAACAAUAAUAAUAACAGUAACAGUAAUACUAAUAAUAUUACUACUAAUAAUAAUAGUAAUAAUGAGAGUAAUAGUAAUAAUAAUAAUAGUAAUAAUAAUGACAGUAAUAUCAAUAAUAAUAAUAAAUGUAAAUAUAAGAACUUUCAAUUAAAUAAUCAAUUUAUCACAGGUUUUCAUUUAAAUGAUCAAGAUUUUAAUUUAAUUAUAUUAGAAAUUGGUGAUCAUUUAAUAAGUCAAUAUUUAGAAAAUUUAUUGAUUCAUUGUUUAUAUAAAUAUAAUCAAUAUUCAAUAAAUUAUUCAAAUAAAAAAUAUAAUAAUGUUAAAUUUUUUAAAAAUAAUCAAUUAUUAUAUCAUAAACGUUUAUAUACAUCGUUAAAUUGGUAUUUAUUAGAAUAUAAAAUGUUAAUACCAAUCAAUCAAUUAAUCAAUAAAUCAAUAUUUUAUAUACGUGAUUUAUUACCACGUAUUAUUUAUUGUGCUAUUUAUAGAAUAAUCAAUAUAAGAUUAUAUUAUGAUAUAUUAUUAUAUAAUCGAUAUCAUAAUAUAUAUCCAACUAGUAAAAUGAUGAAUGAAUUAAUUAAACAAUUUUGUAUUACAUCUAAUUUAAUCAAUGAUUAUUCAUUAUUAUAUAAUAAUAUAUCAAUCAAAUCAUUAUCUAAUAUAAAUAAUAAUAAUAAUAAUGAACAGAAUCAACUCAAUGAAAAUGAUAUUGUUCAUAUAAAAGAAAAUGUAAAUAAAAUAUUGGCGAAAAAAAACAUUUUGUUAAAAAGUAUUAAAUAUAGAAAUGAUAAUGUUAUGUCCUAUUGGUGAUGAUUAGAUGGCGAGUAACUUCCAUGAUCUAAUACUAUAUAUUUAUAUAUAUUCCUAUUUGUACAACUAUUCAAUAAUUAGAUUGUGUAUAUCUAUAUUCCUCUUAUUCUAAGCUUCAUUUUAAUCUAUAGAUUAUUAUUGUACGAUUUACUGUUUUCAAGUUAUGUUCCAUUUAUUGAUUACAGUUUCUUAUGUUCAUAGCCACUUUUCCGUUUAAUCUUGUAUAAAUGUUAUUUUCUAUUUUAUGGUAUGAUGUGAUCUGUAUUUGACUGAUAUAUAAAUCAAGUAUAUUUGAAAUAAAUAAUUCUUUAUCA